AUGUUCCACAGAACAGAGUGUAGCUUGCUAUCAGAGAGGCAUCAUAUGAUCCAGGAGUCCAGUAGGUCAGACCAAACGCACGCCACGCCCGACACUCCGCGUCUCAAAAACCUCAACUAUGCCGGCACCCACGGCUUCCCGGAGCACCCAGUCGAAAGCCAGCCCCUGAAACUCCUUCCACUUCUUCGUCCGGCCCGGCACGACGCCGGUAAACUCGCCCCUCGUCUUCUUCGCCAGAGCCACCUCGCUAUCACCGACAACGCCGCCGUCCCACUUCUCGCGGAGAUCCGACUCGGACAACUCCCGGUACUGAGUCUUUCGAAGCCGCGCCCUCAGCCCAACCCCCGCACCCCCCUCAUUCACCACGGUCAAAAACCCCCGCCCUCACCAACGCAUCCACCUCCCUCCCCUCAAACAACCCUUCCUCUUCCGCCCCUUCACGAUCAAAACAUGCCCACCCUCCCCGGAUGCGCCCUCAGCCACCCCACAAGCUCUCCCUCACCCCCUCCCCCAGCGCCACACACCCCAUCACCAUCCCCUCCAACGCGUGGGCCCCCACCCACCAGCUUCCCCCGGCAAAACCAAAACCUGGCCACCCCCCUUACCAUCACCACCGUCCAAUCCCACCACGCACCACCGUCGGGAAGCACCAACCUCCGGCACCUCCCCGCGCCGCUCCGCCGCAGCGAGCGCCCUCUCAGCAGCGGCGGGGGAGGAGGAGGAGGUGGAGGAGGAGGAUGUGGAUGUUCCCGAAGAGAGGAGGAGGGUGUGCAGGUGGGAGGCGGAAGUGAGCGGGGGGAGGGCGGCGCGGAAGUGGUGGAUGGUGGCGAGCAGCGUGGUGUGGAUGCCGCGUGCGGGGAGCGGGGGUGA